AUGGAUGGCGCAAAGUACCACAAGCGCAAUACGGUGUACGUACCGACGCAGCAGAAGCGAAAAGCGGACAUCCAGGAGUGGCUUCGCGACAAAGGCAUCGCGUUUGAUGCACGCAUGGUGAAGGCCGAGUUGUUGGAGCUGGUCGCGCGCAACCGGGGUAAGCCGGCCUAUGCGGCGCAGUUGAUCGCUUCAAAGUACGGCCACACUCUGUACUUCACGCCGCCUUACCAUCCUGAGCUCCAGCCGAUCGAGCUCGUGUGGGGGAUGGUGAAGAACCGCGUGGCCCUGUGUCCAUCGAAGAACGUUGCUGAGCUCGAGGAACGUCUAUGGUCGUUGUUUGGUGAGGUGAAAAGUCAUCAUUGGGUGUCGUCCUACCGCAAAGCGCAGGCCUACGAGGAUAGAUACGAGGCACUUGAUGAAGACGUUGUAUUAGUCUCAAGCGGUGGUGAAGAGGAUAGCAACGACGGGUCCUCCAUUGGCAGUGAUUAA